UGGCAGCCGUUAAGUGCCGCCUGUACCGCGCAUGCGCGACAGGAAAAAAAGGCGGCAAUUUUGUCUGCGUGAGAGCAGCUGGUGGUGAGAGGAGGAGCAGCAGAGGUGCCAUUACUGCCUGGUGUAUGAAAGAUGACUGGAAGAGCCCGAGCCAGAGCCCGCGGGAGAGCACGCGGCCAGGAGGCGGCCCAGCCUGGACAGGUAAGAGACCCCGCAGCAGCAGCAGAAGCAGCGAGACCUGCAGCUCAGCCGCAGCAGCCAUUAUCAGAUCCUCCGCUUGUGGGAAGGGGGCGUCAGAGGGGACCUGGAGGAGCUGAAAGACCACCAGCUGACGUUCAACAGCUGUCAGCUGGGUUUCAGGAGAUUUCGCUCGCGGAGCGGGGAGGUCGUAGGCGUGAUUUCCAUGACCUUGGCGUAAACACCCGACUGGCAAUCGAACAUGUCAAAGCGUCCAAAACCGGUGUUUCUGGUAGCACAAUUCAGCUGGUCACCAACCACAUCAAACUGGUCUCCCGGCCACAGUGGGUCCUAUACCAGUACCACAUUGACUACAAUCCACAAAUGGAGUCCAGGCGUUUGAGGACGGCUUUACUAUACCAGCAUGAGGAAACCAUAGGGAAAGCGCAUGCUUUUGAUGGCACAUUAUUAUUUUUACCAAAGAGACUUAAUAAGGUUACUGAAGUGUUCAGCCAAACCCGAAAUGGAGAGAAUGUGAAAGUGACAAUUACUCUAACUAACGAGUUACCGCCUACUUCGCCGACCUGCUUUCAGUUCUACAACAUCAUUUUUAGGAGGAUUCUAAAGAUAAUGAACAUGAAGCAGAUUGGACGCAACUACUACAACCCAAAUGACGCAACAGAAGUCAGAGAACACAGGCUGACGAUCUGGCCCGGAUUCUCUACCUCCAUUCUGCAGUAUGAAGCCAGCAUUAUGUUAUGCAUAGAUGUUAGCCAUAAGGUUCUGAGGAGUGAAACCGUUCAUGAUUUAAUGAAAAACCUAUAUUCCUCAUGUGGACCGCACAACUUCCAGGAUAUCUGCAUCAAGGAGCUGAUUGGACAGAUAGUCCUUACCAAAUACAACAAUAAAACCUACCGUGUAGAUGAGAUUGCCUGGAAUAUGUCUCCAGAGUCCACAUUUAAAAAGGCUGAUGGAAGUGAGAUCAGCUUUCUGGAUUACUACAAAAAUCAAUACAAUUUGGUUAUCCGAGAUCGGAGACAGGCAAUGAUUGUAAGCAUACCCAGAAAACCGAAGCCCGGUGUGACUGAUGGAGCAAUUGUUUUGGUUCCAGAGCUGUGUAAUCUAACGGGCCUGACGGACAGAAUGAGGAGUGACUUUAAUGUGAUGAAAUCUCUCGCAGUUCACACCCGCUUGCCGCCAGACCAGAGGGAACAACAACUGGGGAGAUUUUUAAAAUACAUCCACAAGGACGACAGUGUUCAGAAAGAGCUGUGUGACUGGGGCCUGAACUUCGACACCAAACUUCUGCAGUUUACAGGGAGAGUCGCCCCUCCAGAGAAGAUCCUGCUCAGUGGCAGAACUGCAGAGUACAAUCCUCAGUUUGCAGACUGGUCCAGAGAUGUGAGAGGACAGACUCUGAUCAGCACCCGAGACCUGAAUAACUGGCUGCUGGUUUAUACCCGGAGAAAUUAUGAUGCUGCAAACGCUCUGCUGCAAAACCUGUACAAAAUCACCCAGCAAAUGGGAAUCCGAAUGAGUAAAGCCAUUAUGGUUGAAAUUGAGGAUACAGUAGGUGGCUAUCUACAAGCCUUCCAGCAGAAUAUUACAGAGCACACAGAGCUGGUGGUUUGUGUCCUGUCCAGUAAUAAUAAAAUGAAAUAUGACUCCAUAAAGAAGUUCCUGUGCUUGGACUCCCCCAUCCCGAGUCAGUGUGUGAUUGCCAGGACCUUAAGCAAACCCCAAACUCUACUUUCCGUCUGUUCAAAGAUUGCAUUGCAGAUUAACUGUAAGCUAGGCGGGGAGCUGUGGAGCGUGGAGAUACCUGUGGACAAAAUGAUGAUAGUUGGGAUUGAUUGCUACCACGAUACCUUAUCCGGACGAAGAUCGAUUGCUGGCUUUGUUGCCAGUAUGAACAAAGGGAUGACUCGUUGGUUUUCCCGAUGUGUUAUCCAGGACCAGAAGCAGGAGAUUGUUGAUGGCCUGAAAGUCUGCAUGCAAGCUUCCUUGCAUGCCUGGUACAAAUGUAAUGGUACCCUACCGGCCCGUAUUGUUAUCUACCGAGAUGGAGUCGGCGACGGUCAGCUUAAAACGGUUGUGAACUAUGAAAUCCAGCAGUUUAUCGACUGCAUAACGUCUGCUGGUAAAGAUUAUAGCCCUAAACUGACAGUAAUUGUGGUUAAGAAACGUAUAAAUGCCAGAUUCUUUGGAUAUUUUGGUGGCAGACUGCAGAAUCCACCGCCGGGCACAGUAGUUGAUAUUGAAGUCACCAGACCUGAAUGGUAUGACUUCUUCAUAAUCAGCCAAUCAGUGAGACAGGGCACAGUGUCCCCAACGCACUACAAUGUCGUGCACGACAGCGGAGGGCUGAAACCAGACCAUAUGCAACGGCUAACCUACAAACUCUGCCAUCAGUACUACAACUGGCCUGGAGUCAUCAGAGUUCCAGCUCCGUGCCAGUAUGCCCAUAAGCUUGCCUUUCUGGUGGGGCAGAGCAUCCACCGGGAGCCGCAUAAUUCCCUGGCCAGCCUGCUGUACUACCUGUAGCCUUCAGAGAGAGACCAUCACCUUCCCUAACUUAUAGGAAUUGAGGAGUUUUCAGUUUGUUUUUUGGGUGAUGCCCAUUUGUUGCCAGAUGCUUAAAAUAUUUACCAGAGUUUAUUUUAUUUUAUUUGCACAUUUUAUUUUGGGUAUAUUCUUAACGCGGUGUUAGUUGAGCUUCAGUUUAAGGUGGGUAAAUAUUCUUGAAAUUUCACAUUUUUCUUUUGAUUCAACAUGGAAGCGAACUCUUUCAUUGCUUAAGAGCUUUCCAAAAAUCCCAGCGUUGAGUUCUGUGGGAAACUUUGCAUUUGCAAUGUAUUUCAGGAAACCCUGUCGCUUUUACAAGAACUUGGAUUUUUCUAGCAAAAAAAAUAGUAAAAAUGCUGUGGAAAUCAGGCUAGAGCGCCGCUAAAGCUGGAAAAGCGCAAUUGUCAUACCUGCCGCACAGCAGACCUACAACACGCACUCAGCGUAAACUGCUGCCUCUUCAUUCACAGGGAACUCAUUGCGUUUAUUGAGUUUGAGACCAUAAAUCUGGCUAACGUGUAAAACCAACAACGCAGAAAUUGUUGCUGACUGUGCGGACCCCAUGAUGUUGGCUUAACUCUGAUGUGUGUAUGUAUCUAUAUAUAUGUCUAUAUAUAUAUAUAUAUAUAUAUAUAUAUAUAUAUAUAUAUAUGUGUGUGUAUGUGUGUAUAUAUAUAUAUAUAUAUAUAUAUAUACAUACAUACAUAUACACACACACACACACACACACACACACACAUACAUACAUACAGAUGGAGCCACGGUUAUCUUGGCCUCUUUGCUGCGCCUAGGCACACCAUGGUUUAUUCUGACUGCCCAGUCUUGGUUAAUCCUACUAAAGGUCAAGAUAAACAUGGUCCCAUCUGUAUACACACACAGUCACAUGGUAAUUGGUUACAUGAGGUAAAGGAUGGCUAGCAGUCCAAACAGAUAAGACGUCUGCUCUUCUGCAAGAGAUUCAGUCCACGGAAUUGGAUCUCCUCUCCAGGCCAGAUUACGUUGUGACAUUGAUAUCUGAAUAAUUAUUUUGUUCCACCUCUCAUGAAUUUUAAUGUUUCCCUGAGAAGGGCGCGCUCCGUGCUCACCGAAUAUCUGCAGCAGUCUGGUCACCUGAAUGUCUGACCUGUGCCCUGCUUUAUAAAUGCAAUUAUGUUGACAUCUGUCAAAGCCUGAGAACAUACAGUAAAUACCAAACAAUAGGAUACAGAAGUAAUAACCACGGUGAAUUCUGUAUAGAACUUUCUAUUCUAGAGUAUUUUACCGGCGCCAGGUUACUCACUGUGAUAGAAUGUAUAAUGAAUGUAACACACCUAGACACGGGCAGAAGCUUCAGCCUUUACCCUUUAUAACUGUUGCAGUUGAUGAUCUUUAGCAGGCUUUGUAAGUUAAGUUUAGGUGUGUAAUAUGCUUCACUAUUAUUUACAAAUAGAGUAUCAGCAAAUGUAGCCCAGAUCUGCCAUAGUAUAUUACACGCCGUACAUACGUAAGAAUUGCCUGAGACUGAGUUAUUCGUAAUAAAAUGUAGUUUUCUUUCAUUGCAUCCAA